AUGUCAGCAUCAAGGACAUUUUCAAUCAAUUCAAUUAUUGCGUUUAUUAUUAAAUUCCCAUUAUUAGCUUAUCUUAUUGGAUUUGUUGAAGAUUUUAUUAUUUCUGUUUUAAGAACUGGUCCUGUUCCAAAACAUAUUGCUUUAAUUAUGGAUGGUAAUAGAACUUAUGCUAAAAAACAUAGAUUGCCUUUAAAAGAAGGUCAUUUUGCUGGUGCUAACGCUUUAGUUAAAAUUCUUGAAACAUGUUAUAAGGUCGGAAUUGAACAAGUUACAAUUUAUGCUUUUUCAUUAGAAAAUUUUAAUAGAACAAAAGAAGAAGUUGAUACAUUAUUUGGAUUAUUACGUGAUAAAUUAAAAAUGAUUUCAGAAUAUGAAGAUUCUUAUGCAAGAUAUAAUAAAGUUAAAAUUAAAAUUGUUGGUAAUAGAUCUUAUAUUCCAAAAGAUAUUUUAAAAGAUUUAGAAUAUAUUGAAGAAAUAACAAUAGCAAAAUCUUCCAAAAAGAUAUUAAAUGUUUGUUUCCCUUAUACUGCUCGUGAUGAAAUAACUCAUGCUAUAAAAACUAUUGCUGAAAAAAGAAUUAAUCAAGAAAUUAAAUCAAAAGAUGAAAUUAAUACAAAAAUGAUUGAAUCUAAUUUUUAUUUUGGUGAUGAUGUUCCUCCUUUAGAUAUCUUGGUUCGUACAAGUGGUCAUACAAGAUUAAGUGAUUUUUUAUUAUGGCAAUGUAAUACUGAUUGUACUAUUGAAUUUCCAGAUACUUUAUGGCCAGAUUUUGGAUUUAUAAGUAUUAUGUCAAUUUUAAUUAAAUGGAGUUAUUAUAAAACUUUACAAUUAGAAGAAGAAGCUUUAAGAGGUAAAGAACCUCAAAUUCAAGAUGUUAAUGUUCCUGUUUUAUUAAAUGAAUUACCUCAUCCACCUCCAGUUGCUACAGUUGCUGAUUAA